AUGACUCUCCCUCUCCAUGAAUUUAUUUUGAACGCUGACAGAUUUCGAUUGGAAAAGUUGAAAGGACAAUUGAAACUCUCGCAUCUCCCCUCACUCUCCAAUGAUUCACUUGACAAGAACACGUAUAUCGAUGUCUAUGAAGAUUUCAUGACAGGUUCCUCAGUCCAAUCUGUUCCACCAUUAUUGAAACGACGCUUUGGAGAAUACUCGCUGAAUGCAGAUGAAAGUGCAUUGUGGGGUAUUUGGAGAGUAGUUUCAGAAAUUUCAUAUAUGGACAUGGAAGAUGAAUGGUUUAUUGGACAAGUUGAAAUUUUGUGCUCGUUGGGAGAAUUGGGAGUUUCAAAAUUUGUUCAGGAACAAAUAUUUCGUGUGUUUGAUCGAGAUGGAGACGGCAUGAUUGAUUUCAAAGAAUAUUGUAUGGGCGUGGCAGUGAUUUUGAAUGGUAAAUUUGAAGAGAAGGUGAAAAUGGUUUUCAAAAUUUUGGAUUUUGAUAAGAAUUCGAAAGUGGAUCGAGAGGAGCUGGCUCGAGUGUAUCGAGUGGUGUUUUCAUCGACGAGAAAGUGUAAUUUGGUUGGAAAUGGAAUUCAUCGAAUGAAUGAAAAAGAAUUGGAAGCUAAAGUUGAGGCAACCAUGAGAGUCUGUGAUUUGAAUAAUGAUGGUUUUAUCGAUUUUUAUGAAUUUCGAACUCAAUUUCAACAAUCUCCACACAUGAAUCGAGUGUUCAAUUUUAUCUUUUCCAAUCCAUUGUUGUAA